AUUUCCCCAAAACUUUCUGCGACCAUCCAGAGACAACCCAUACAACUAUCUUUCUUGAUCACCACUAAAUCACUUUUUUCCCCGUUGUACUCCCACUGCUAAUAUAUCUGGGACAACGCGAUUCACAUAAACUGCAAAUUUGUUCAUUUUCGUCCACCGCCGCUCCGCAAAUCGAACGACUCUUGCCAUACCGUCGCAUCGCUCAAUGUCGAGCAACCCCCAAGAAUCUCCACAGCAGCAGCAACAACAUAUUCCGGCUUGGAAGAAGAUGGGUCUGAAACUCAAGUACGCUAAAGAUACGGUGGAGGAGACGGAGACGGAUAAGGGAAUUGUGGAUAAGAAGCAGCAGGAUCGCAAGAAGAGCAAGAAGAGACGGCUUGAGAAUGAUGAUGAGGAAGAUAAGGAAGUGAAGGAGGACGAUGCGGAGAAGAAGAAAAAGAAGAAGAAGAGGGUGUCGUUUUCGGCGGAUGCGAAGAAAUUGGAUGGUGAUGCGGAGGAUCAGGAGGAGGAGCAGGAGCAGGAUCAAAUGAAGAUAGAUGCUGACAUUCCCGGGGAUGAUACUGGAGACAAGGCUGAUGAUGAAGGCGAGGGAAAGAAAAAGAAAAAGGAAAAGAAGAAGAAGAACAAGAAGCAGGACGGUUCGAAUGAUGCUUCAUCCACCACGACACCGAGAAUUCACGAAACGCCUAUCCUUUCCUACCUGAGUCUGUACCACAAGCAUCGGUCGGCAUGGAAGUUCCAGAAGAACCGCGAGACGCAUCUCUUCAAGCAUGUAUUGUCACUGGAGCAGGUCCCGACGCUGUACAAUGCGGCUUUACUUGCCUAUCUACAGGGUUUGAAGAGCGAAGGAGCGAAGUUGCGGUUGCGACAGAUUGCCGAGGAGGUCAUCAAGGCGGAAGCCGAUGCUGAGGAAGAUCAAUCAAGUACUCCUGCGCAGACGGAAGAGUCGAAGGAGGGUACCUCUUCUGAAGCGAAUGAGGACUCCGCGGCGACGGAUAAGGCGAGUUACGACAAGGCUGUUGGUGUCUUCCGGACACGCUUGGCUGCGGGUCAAGAUAUCGACUGCCAAGAUGUUACUGGGCAGCUCAAUGCUGAGACGCUGAAGAAGUACGAGAACAGGGCACGGGCUGAGCUCAUUCUGUUUGCUGUUAACGGUACGCUGUUCAAUUACCACAAGCCGAAGCCUGCUGCGCAGAAAGGAAAGAAGGGGGCGCAGAGCCAGCCCGGCAAGAAAAAGAAGAAGAACCGUACUGCUAUCGUUGAGAUCUCGAGCAGCAGUGAGAGCGAGAGUUCGAGCGACAGUGAUAGCGACAGCGACAGCGACGACGAGAAGAAGACCAAGGCCAAGCCUACAGCCGCUAAAGCCUCGUCAUCGAAAGAUAGCAGUGACAGUGAUAGUGACAGCAGCAGCAGCAGCAGCAGCAGUGCUAGCGACAGCGAUUCGGACAGCUCAAGUUCGAGUGACUAGCUGUGAUGCCACUUUAGGAAGUCAGGUGCUUGUGCUUUCUUAAAUGAGCACCCCCUUUCAAUGACCUGCUGUUUGAUCGUUAUGUCCCAAAUAAGGGAGAUGUCCAUGUUUAUAGGAGUUUUUCAUAGACCCCCAUUUCCAGUCAUAGAGAUCGCUAUAGCUUGAUCAAUCACAACUCUGGCAGUUGCUUGGCAGUUGUUUCUACAUUAUAGUAGGAAUAAACAGGUAGGCCAGGCCUGCCGUGUAUGACUUCACACCUUGACAGUAUAGUGCUCUCCAGG